GCAGACAGAAUCAGAGAAGCAGCUGAGAAGAGGAAAAGAUCUCUCCGGCCAGCGCAGCCAGAUCGGAGGAGAGAGAGAUCAGCUUACAGCUAGUGCAACCAACGCAAAAUUAAUCUCCAAGCAGCAUGUCGUUCUUCCUUGGCCGCACGGCGGUGCUAGUGAAGCGCGUGUGGCUCGACCUGGAGGCGCGCCUCGGCCGCCGGCGCAGCGGUCUGGGUGAGCUGACGAGGAAGGUCCGGACGUGCGAGUACGACGACGUUCACGUCAUGUGGGAGCUGCUCAGCGGCAUGGACGGCAGCGCGCCGCGGCAGUACGUGCACGUGCCGGCUUCCGGCGCCAUGAUCGCCGCCGCAGCCGGGAAGAAGCGGCGGCGGCGGAGGAGGAUGGCCGACGCCGAAUCGGCCGCGUGGAGCCGCCUCUUCUCCUCCUGCUGCGCCUUCUGAUCAGAAUCCGUGCUGCUGCCUCGCCAGGUGGCCGGGUUUUGGAAAGGCU